AUGCGCACAGCUUUCGCAUUGAAGUGGUCCGUUUUACUGGCCCUGGCCGCCCCCGCCCUUGCGCAGAGUCAGUCGGUGGUCGCCACCGAGGUCACGAGUGCCACAGAUGUCGUCGUCUCCGACGCACCCGUUGACAGCAGCACCGACACUGGCGCUGGGUCGACUCCUACUGUGGCCAACCUCACGCCCACUGCAUCGCCUGCCACUGAGACUGGCUCGGCUGGCGGCAUGAAUGGCACCACCGGCGGAACGAACGGCACCGCCGGCGGUCUCGGAUCUUCACUCAACCUCUCCGCUAGAUGCUUGGCUGCCGUUGAGAAGGCACUCAGUGCGGACAGUGCGACUGGUCAAUGCCUCCACACUACCAUUCUCUGGGCUUCCGCCAGCUCAAACUCAACUGCCUCAAACUCGACUGCCUCAAACUCGACGGUCCCAGACUCGACUGCUGCAAACUCGACUGCUUCAAACUCGACUGCUUCAAACUCAACUGCGUCUCCCUUCGUCUCCAAAGUUGAGGAGUACCUCAACGCUACGUGCAUGUCUGCGCCAUGCACCAAUGCGACCAUCUCCAACGCUACCUCCAUUCUCAUCCAAGAGUGUUCCGAGGACCUCACAACCUGGAACAUUUCCGUCGACACGGUGAACAAGUAUGCCCAGCUCUAUCCACUUGUCCGCGAGGUGGCCUGCCUCAAGACCUCGGACCCGUUCACUGCUGCCGGAAACUCGUCUUCGUCCAACACUACCACUACCCCGCCAGUCAUGACUAGCACCGCUCUGGCUACACCCGUCGGAACACCCGUCGUAGCCUCAACUGGUGAGGCCAGUAACCAGACGGUGGCUGUCAACCGUCGGCAGGCGACCGACACGGCAAACAGCGGACCCGCGACUGUUGCUGGUAAUGCCUCGGUCCCGACUGGCGCGGCCUCUGCCAUUCCCGCGACUACGUCGGUCUCCGGCUCUGACAACAGCACGACUGUUGGUACUUCCGAGUACUGCCUCAUUUCAAUCAUCGACGAGAUCCAGGCUCUGCUGGGUACUGAGGGCCUCUCCCUUGCCAACCUCACCCAGCUGCUCAUCCCCGGUAGUCUAAUGCGCAACUCGACCGCCUCGACUUCGGAGGGUAACCCUUCGUCUGACAACUCGACUACCCCUGUCGUGGGCAACUCGACCGCUUCGUUGGCGCCAAUGGCCUCCGCGACCCCGGCGACCUCGUCAAACACCACCUCGGCGAACUCCACCUCUGCAACCUCUACUUCGAGCACCUCACCCCCGAAGCCCACUACCCUCCUCCCUUUGAUCAUGGAGGUUCUCUGCAAUGACUGCAUCUACGCGGCCGCCGACCUAGUGUCCCAGUCUGCCUCUUGGCUCAUUGAGACGGGUAUCUCUGGCAACAUCACCGUGCUCGACUAUCUCAAGGCGAGGUGCGGAGCUGAGGGAUACAUCCCCACGACGAACGGUACUCUCCCACAGACCAUCAGCCCCUCGGCCCAGAACAGCACCUACGGUUUCCCCAUCACGUUCUUUGACCCCAUGACUGGUAACUGGACCACGACGACCCCGCAGACCAACAGCACGGACAUCAACGCCGUAAAUGGAACCGCUACGGCGUCGCUUAACGGAACCGCUACUGCCACUGGUGUUGUCUCCGGGACCGAUGCGAGCACGCCUGCAGUCACCACUCCUGUCGUUUCGACUGAGACUGCUGCUGUUGUGUCAACCCAGGUAGCUGGCGCGACUGACACGGUUGCAGUGGACCCAACUGCCACCGAGUCUGCCACGGCCGGCGCCUCGCUCGGCGUCCGCAGUCGCAAGGUCUACCGCGGCCCGGGUCGCACCAAGGCGUAA